GGUAUCGCGGGGCUGUCGCUGUGUCGCGGUGCCCGGGCCAUGCGCUGCGAGCUCCUGACGCUCCUGGUCGCCGUCGCUGCUGUUGGGGCUGCUCCCGGUCCCGCGUGUCCGGUAACGGCAAUGGGAGAAUCCGAUACAAGGACCCGAGUGGGGCAAGCCCCGAGGAGAAGCAAGCGCUUCGCCUCGGUGCCGCGGUUCGUGGAGCUCCUCGUGGUGGCGGACGAGGCAAUGGCUCGGUUCCACGGUGCGGGGCUGCGGUCGUACCUGCUCACGGUGCUGGCGGCGGCCGCCCGAUCCUUCCGCCACGGCAGCCUCGGCAACGCGGUGGAGCUGCGGGUAACGCGGCUGCUGGUGCUGGGCCCCGGCAACCCCGGGCCCCCCCCGACCUCCAACGCUGCCGAGAUGCUCCGGAACUUCUGCCGGUGGCAACAGGGGCUCAAUGUCCCCGACGAGGACAGCCCCCUCCACUUCGACACCGCUCUGCUCUUCACCCGGCAGGACCUAUGCGGGGCGGCCACUUGUGCCACACUGGGUAUGGCCGAUGUGGGCACCGUGUGCGACCCGGCGCGGAGCUGCGCAGUGGUGGAGGACGAUGGGCUGCAGUCUGCCUUCACCGUCGCUCAUGAACUGGGACACGUCUUCAACAUGCUGCACGACACGGCGCAGCCCUGCCGGGAGCUGAACGGCGGCAGCGGAGCCGCCCGGCGGGUGAUGGCUCCGGUCCUAUCCUCGCUGGAGCCCGGCGAGAUGUGGUCCCCGUGCAGCGCCCGCUUCAUCACCGACUUCCUGGACAACGGCCACGGUCACUGCCUCCUGGACCAGCCUCCGGAGUGGCUGCCGUUGCCGUCGGCGCUACCGGGCAGUGUGUACCCGCUGCUGCGGCAAUGCCAGCUCGCCUUCGGGCCCGAGUCUCGGCACUGCGGGGACCAGCAGCCCCCCUGCGCCCGGCUCUGGUGCACCGGUCACACCGGCGGCCGCUCCGUGUGCCAAACGAAGCACUUCCCCUGGGCCGAUGGCACACCGUGCGCGCCGGGCAGCGCCUGCAUGGACGGGGCUUGUGUCAGCAUCACCCGCAUGCAGGAGCUCACCACCCCGGUGGACGGCGCUUGGGGGCCGUGGGGGCCGUGGAGCGGCUGCUCCCGGAGCUGCGGCGGCGGGGUCCGGCUCUCUCACCGCGGCUGCACCGAGCCCGAGCCGCGCCACGGAGGCCGCUUCUGCCGAGGGAAACGGACCCGCAUCCAGUCCUGCAGCGUGGAGGAGUGCCCCGGCGGCUCCGCUCUGGCGUUCCGGGAGGAGCAAUGCGCCGCGUACAACCGCGGCCCCGAGCUCGUCAAGGGGCUGCCGGCGCCGCGGGACUGGGUCCCUCGUUACAGCGGCGUGGCCGAACGGGACCGGUGCAAGCUCAUCUGCCAGUCGCAGACCUUGGGCUAUUACCAUGUGAUGCAGCAGAGGGUCGCCGAUGGGACACCGUGCUCACCGGAGAGCACCGGGGUGUGCGUGCGGGGCCGCUGCAUCCCCGCCGGCUGCGACCGCAUCAUUGGCUCCAAGAAGAAGUUUGAUAAAUGCAUGAACUGCGGCGGCGACGGCACCGGGUGCACCAAAGUCUCCGGUUCCUUCACCAAACCUCGCUACGGCUACAACGACGUGGUGACCAUCCCGGCGGGUGCCACGCACGUCCUGGUGCGCCAGGUUUCGGAUCCUGGUGCCGAGGAUGUUUUCCUGGCGCUCCGGCUCCCCGAUGGUGAAUCCCUGCUCAAUGGUGGCUACAUCCUGGUGCCAUCGGCCACCGACGUGGCGCUGGGCAAGGGGAUAACGCUGCGCUACAGCGGGGCCACCGCCACCACCGAGAUGCUGGAGGGCCGGGGGCCGUUACCGCAACCGGUGGUGCUGCAGGCGCUGGUGGUGGACGAACGGAGACCACCGCGGUUGAAGUUCAGCUUCUUUGUGCCCCGCCGCCCAUCGGAGGCCUGGGAGAAGCAGAAAGCCCAAAUCCUGGAGGUCCUCAAGAGCCGCUGGCACCACCGGUAGCCACAGGAGAGCGAUGGGAUGACAUUGAUCCUGGUGGCACCAUUGGGUUACUGAUGGUGGCAGCCUCGGUGCUGAGCCCCAGCGCCGGUCAAAGCUUCUACCUCAGCCCUGGGCAGGCCCCGGGGUCCCCCGGCUAUGGACAC